AGGGAAUCCGCACUCCUUCAGUUAGGGGGAUUCUAACAAGCCCGAAGGAAAGAGAAGGGCUGGCUGCUUACCCCAGGAAACACAUCCUCAGACAGUACGCCCUCAACUCUGAAGGAAAAUGUGGCUCUGUACACAUCACAUGGCCUUUAUGACAAGAAACUGAGCCAUGUGUCAGUAGGGUGACUUCCAACGUCUACCCCUCACCUCUAGGAACUUCCCUUGACUUUUGGAUGUUCUGAGCCUUUGUUACAACACAGAUUCUAGAACCUUCAUAGGCCAUAUCCCCCAUACAUCCAAUCAACCUAACCACAUAAUUCCUGGGAGGCCUUCUGCACCUUUGUCUAUGAGGAUCUCCCUGAUACUCAGGGUCUCAUAGCUCAGGGAUAGUGGCCUUUCAACGCUUGUUUUAUCUUGAGCUCUCUCUGACAAAAGAGUCCAGAUGACGUGGGACUUACUGGAGACAAUAACCGGAAGAUGGCAGAUCUCGAGUUUCUCGAUCUCAUGGUGGAGACGGGCUGUUGACUACAGUCCCAGCAAAUCUCUGAAGGUGGAUUUGGCAGCAGAAUUUCCUCACAUUGCCAAGUAUCUAUAAAGCCCCAGAAGACAUAUGUUCUUCCGGCUGAUUGGAGAAAUAGUUUUGGCUGUCAUCCUGACUGUAUUGGCCCUUGCUAUUCUGACUAUUCUGAUAGCAAGAUGGUCACGUCGUAGGAACAAUGGGGCAGGGAUCUCCAGAUUCGCUUCAGAACAGAGUGCCGGGCUUCUGGACCAUGAGGAUGGUAUUUCCCAUGGGAGACACAAAAGACGAGGUAAACAGUUUCGUUUCCUAUGCAGGACUGGCAGUGUUAUCAAUGAGGACCCUCAUUGUGUCUCCUUUCCUUUAGGAUCUCGUUGCUCGUUUUCAUCAGAUAGCGGGCCAUCUUCUGGUUCUGUGGGAGGAAAGUCAGUCAGUCAUCACUCCCUGGGGCCAACUGGUGUUUCUAUAGGAGGAAAGUCAGUCAGUCACCACUCCCUGGGACUGAGCAGAUCCAAUCCUGCUAUAAACCAAGGACCACAAACUAUUGCUCAAGAACCGCCAAGUAGAACAAGAAGCACCAAGUCCUUAUCCGAACCUCUGACCGGCAACGCUGGAGACAUCUCUGGAACCAUUGGACCUAUAAUGCAGUUCUCGGCACCUAUUCCCGGAGCUACAGGACCUAUCAAACUGACUCAAAAAACCUUCCUGCAAACUCCUGGACCUAUUGUACAAUGUAUGGAUUCCAGUGAAAGCUGCACCCCUGAGGGAUCCAACGCUGUAAUACCUGUGGACAUAUGUUGUCAACCAGCACUGAAGCCUAGCUGUUGUCAACAGCUAGCAAUCAAACCUAGCUGUUGUCAGCCCUGUCAGCCUUGUCAGCCUUGUUAUCAACCCUGUCAGCCUCCUCCGCCAGACACCUUGCCCUUAUUAAUUACACAGAGAACUUCAACAAAACGUGGACCACCUAUAAUACUGAAAAAGCCAUCAGAUUGCAAAGGCCAGAUGGUAAGACACGGAGGGAGUGUAACCUUCCAGGGUAUCGGAGAUGACCAAAUAAAGUGCUGUAAGGAGUGGAGAAGAUGCCAGUGUGAAUACUGCUGUCCAAAGAGAUUCGAUUCCCACAGACGAGGAACCAUAUGGUGUGAACAACCGGCUCCUCCUUCCUCUUCUCAUCAGCAUCAGCAGCAUCAGCAGCCGCCGCCGCCACCGCCGCCGCCUCCACCACGAAGUCAAGAUGCUCAAGUAAGGGGUGACCAAAGAAUGGAAAGUGAAAUUGAUGCCCAGACCAUAUGUUAUGAAGAGCCAUUCCUUUUCAGAAGACUGGAGUCCCUGAUAAGGAGGAACCAAGACGGGAUAGUAAUAAAGCAGAAUGAAGAUGGCUUUCUGAUAAAGAAGGCAGAGGAAGGCAAAAAGAAAAGGAAAACAUCCAAGAAGACAUCAGCAUACCCAGAAACGGAUUCUGAUUCCAGCGCUCCACAGACCGGAGAGGGUCCUCCCGAAGGUAAACCACCCGAAGAACAACCAGAGGGAGAAGAGAAGAAACGCAAGAAAGAAAAGAAGAAAAAGAAGAAAAAAGACAAAGACGGCUGAGAAAGGAGGAGGAGGACAGGGCAAAACAUGGCCUCCAAUGUGAUCUCCCCAUCAGAUACAAGUUGCGUCUGCCCUCACCCCGGUGCAUCAUGGUUAUAAAAAUCCAAUCCCUCUAGACAUCUUCAUUUUCUGCUGCUCAGAAGGUUGCCUUUAUCACACCUCCCUGCCACAUCUUCAUCUUCCAAAUUUUGCUUUAUUAGUCAACAUAUAUAAUCCAAUUAAGAAAGACGGUGUUAUCUGAAAUAAAAUGUCUUUAGU